AAAAUGGUUAUCAAAGUUAGAUAAUUCAAACAAAACCAAGUUUCUCAAAUUAUUCAAAGUUGCAACCUGAAUUUGAUAUAAUGGAACAAAUUUCCUUGUCUAAUAAAGAGAAGACAUUAGUUUUAGUUGGACGAACCGGAAAUGGUAAAAGUUCAACUGGAAAUAGCAUUCUCAAUAAAAAGGCUUUUAAAUCAAGAACUCGUAUGUGUGAACUACAAAAAACCGUCGCAAAAGAUGGAUCCAUUAUUAAUGUUAUUGACACUCCAGGACUAUUUGAUGGAAGUGAUUCUAUCGAAAAAGAAAUAAUCAAAUGUAUUGAUUUGGCUAAAGAUGGAAUUCAUGCAAUUCUUGUGGUAUUCUCUGUUAGAACUCGUUUUUCUGAAGAGGAACAAAUUAUUUUAAGUGUCUUGCAAACUUUGUUUGGACAAAAAAUUGUUGAUUACAUGAUUAUAGUCUUCACUGGUGGAGAUGAACUUGAAUAUAAUGGAGAGACGCUAGAUGAUUAUAUAGGUCAAGGAUGUCCACAACCUCUUAAGGAUGUUCUACUCCAAUGUGACAAUCGCAAAGUGCUUUUUGAUAACAAGACUAAAGAUGCAACAAAGCAACUACAACAAGUUCAACAACUUCUCAAUCUUGUGAAUAUGAUCAUAUCAAAGAAUAAUGGACAACCAUAUACGAAUAAAACAUUUGUAAAAUCACAGGAAGGAUCAAAAUUAAAACAAGAAAGUUCAAAUCUUUUGAAAAGAUUGGAAGAAGAAAGAGUUGAAAGACUUAAGAUUGAGGAAAAUGGAAAGUUAACACAAAUUAUGAUGAAUGAUGAAAUUCAAACUUUGAAGUAUAAUCUUGAGUCAACAAAUAGAAGGCCAACGAGUAGAAGGCCACAUGUACCACGACAAUUGCAACCUGAAUUUGAUAUGAUAGAACGCAAAUCCUGGUGUAAUGAAGAGAAGACUCUAGUUUUAGUUGGACGAACUGGAAAUGGCAAAAGUGCAACUGCAAAUAGCAUUCUCGGAAGAAAUGCUUUUAAAUCAAAUAGAUAUUCUUCUAGUAUGUCACGUAUUUGUGAAAUACAAAAAAAUGUCAUAAAAGAUGGAUCAAUUAUUAAUGUUAUUAACACUCCAGGACUAUUUGAUGGAAGUGAUUAUGUUGAGAAAGAAAUGAUUAAGUGUUUGGAUUUGGCUAAAGAUGGAAUUCAUGCAAUUCUUGUGGUGUUUUCUGUUAGAACUCGUUUUUCUGAAGAGGAACAAGCUACUUUACGUGUCUUGCAAACAUUAUUUGGACACAAAAUAAUUGAUUACAUGAUCAUAGUUUUCACCGGAGGAGAUGAGCUUGAAUAUAACAAAGUGACAUUGGAUGAUUAUUUAGGUGAAGAAUGUCCCCAGGCUCUUAAGCAUAUUUUACACCAAUGUGAUAAUCGCAAAGUGCUAUUUGAUAACAAAACUAAGGAUGAAACAAAGCAACUACAACAAGUUCAGCAACUUCUCAAUCUUGUGAACAUGGUUAUAUUAAAGAAUAAUGGACAACCAUAUACAAAUAGAACAUUUGUGAAAUCACAGGAAGGGUCAAAGCUGAAUCAACAAACUAUAAAUCUUUCGGAAAAGUUGGAAGAAGAAAGAGUUGAAAGACUUAAGAUUGAAGAAAAUUUUAAGUUAACACAAGCAAUGUUGAAUAAUGAAAUUCAAACUUUGAGAUCUAAUCUUGAGUCAGCAAAUAGAAGACCAUCUAUGCCCCGACUACAACCUAUGCUCCGACAAGUAAUGUCUAGUUGCCACGUUCUCUGAGUUUAGCACUAUUUAUAAGGCUAUUUCUGUGUGUAUAUAUACAAUUAUCUGUGUGAAAAAAUGUGUGAUGUAUUUUACCAUUCAAAGCACUGUAUUCCGAACAAUAAAAUGUAUGAUUCAAAUAAAUAAAAUGUAUGAUUAUUUAUGAUGCAAGAGAAA